AUGAAAUAGAGACGAUUCACAGAAGUAGCUAGAUUUGAUGCUUAUAAUGAAUCAUUAGAUUAUAUUAGACCUUUUGAAAGAAGGUAUCCAUUAACUCGGUUAAAGUUGUGUUUUCUUGUCAAAUGAGAGAUAUAGAGAAAACUUGAAAUAUCUCAGGUUCUAAAAGUAUAGAAUGGGUUGAAUUUUUGUUGGAUGUAUUUAUUUAAAGAAUUAAGAUUGAUAAUGAUAUCCUACCUUAGGUUAGAGAAAAUUUAUUAAACAAAAGGAUAAAUAAGAAGUAAGUAUAAUUAUGAAUGAAUAGAUAUUUGAAAAUGAUGAAAGAUGGUAAGAAUUUGAUGAUGAAUAUAAAGAAGUCACCUUCGAGUUAAAUGAAUUAAUUUUUAAUCUUUUCAUUACUAAAGUGA